AUGACUGAUAUCCUAGAACAAUUAGCAGAGCGACAGGGUCCAGGGCCAUUUAACCAACCCGGAACCCAGGAUAGAGGGGAAGAUAGAACCUUAGAGAGGUUUCUGAAAUUUAAUCCGCCUAAAUUCAUUGGAGGACCUGAUCCCGAGUUAGCGGAGAACUGGCUGGAGCGAAUGACUAAUAUUUUUAUCGGCUUAGACUAUACUGAAGAGAUGCGAGUGAGUUUUGCUGCCUUUCAGUUUGAGGGCGUUGUACGUGCUUGGUGGGACGUGAUAAGAAGAAAGUGGGAAAGAGCGCAGACCCCUUGGAUUUGGAAAAACUUCACGAGAGAGUUUAAUGAGAAGUUUCUUCCGUCUCUAAUUCAAGAGAAGCGGGAGGAUGAAUUUAUAAAGUUGAGACAGAGAACUCUUUGCGUGGCUGAGUAUGAGGAGAGAUCGGCAACAACCCAAAUGUCUACGUUUACUGAAACCCUGGAGAAAGCGCAAAGGGUUGAAAGUGCAAGAUUGCAAGUUAGGGAUUUUCAUACUAAGAAAAGGAACUUUCCUAGUUACUCUUCGGGACAGGCUAGUAAAAGUGCCCCACCUCUCAAGAUGAGAAGAGGAAUGAGAGGAAUAAGGACCGCUAGAGUUCCAAGAGGGGAUUUAUCAAUAGGAGGUCGUAGUGGGCAAGGUCAAUCGAGAGGAAUACCUUCUAGUGGUUCGAUUGUAAUUCCUCAAGUUAGUUGUGGCUACUGUGGCAAGUUAAAUCACUCGGAGAAUGAUUGUUGGAGGAAAUCGGGAAAGUGCUUGUACUGCGGUAGUUCCAAGCACCAACUCGCAAGUUGUCCGAUUGCGCCAAAAGCAAGAGGUAGUACUCAACGGCCAGAGAAAUCAGCAUCUAAGCAGACUAGUUCUGGAGAAAGUCGACCUAAAGUGCCAGCUAGGGUUUAUCCACUGGAUCAUCAACAAGUUCCCGAUUCUACUGAGAGAUUGGGAGAUAUGGCUUGGAGAACAGAAGUUGCUAGCCGAUUUGAUGAGUUUAACUAUUAA